AUGGACACAACACCACAGGAGAAUACAUCAGCCGCGCAACCUCCCAGUGAACAUCUCAACAUAAAAGUUACUGAUAAUAACAACGAAGUGUUCUUUAAGAUUAAGCGCUCCACGCAACUCAAGAAACUUAUGGAGGCCUUCUGCCAGCGUCAGGGCAAGGACAUGACGCAAGUACGCUUUCUAUUUGAUGGAACAAGGGUCAGACAAGAUGAUACGCCUGAUACUCUCGAUAUGGCAGAUGGCGAUACGCUGGAAGUUCAUCAGGAGCAGAUUGGAGGCUGA